UAAGCGAAACUGCGACGCAAAAAGGCGGAACGAAUUUCACUUCACCGAAGGGAAAAACGCUUCCACUUUCCGCUGCAACAAAGUAUUUAAAGUUUGUUUUUCUCGUUGAAUAAAUAACCAAAGAUAGUGCAUCUGAAAAUUGGAAACAAGCACGUAAUCAUUGAACCAAAAUCGAAGCACUCGUGUUGUGUGUGUGCAAAAAAAACUCCUGCAAUCAUUUUUGCAGCUUCAACUGCGUAGAAGCCAGGAAAAACACACGUUAAUUAGUUUCUACCCACGCCGCAGAAUCUUUGAUUCGAGGAAAGUCCGGGGACCCAACGUUAAUUAAUCCUGGGACUUGCUGGCUUCGCAGCUUGAAAAAAAUCCAGGAGGCUGGAAAUGCAUUAACCAAGUGGACGAGACCCCGCUCGUAAAUAUUUAAAGACAACCCAAUGAAAAUGCUAAAUUGAAGAUUGCACAAUUUUGAAAUUUCUAGCAGAGAUCAUGUCAAACCUCCUCUUCAUGGACAAGUCGAAUGGCAAUGGCGUAUAUGCGGUCAGGCCAAACAGCAGUGGCAGCCACAUGGACAACGAUAAUGGUAUAAUUGGAGCAGGUGCCACCACCUCAACCACAGCAACAGGAACAACUGGAACAGGUGCAUCAACGGCCGUGAUGGCCGCGACGAACACUAACAACAUAAACAUAAUGAACGGGGCAGCCGCCGCAGCAGCAGCUUCCGCUUCCGGUCUGCCCACUUCCGCAUCCAGCGAGGACCUCAGCCAAAGCCUGUCCGAGUAUACGGACGCCGACGAGAGCAUAUCCGCGCCCACUGAGUUUCUGGCCGAGUUCCUGUCUGCCGUGAUGCUGAAGGACUACAAGAAGGCAUUGAAAUAUUGCAAAUUGAUUCUCCAAUACGAGCCCAACAAUGCCACGGCCAAAGAAUUCUAUCCACUCAUCCUAGAAAAGUUGAGGGCAGUGACCACAUCCAGCGACAGCGAUGAGAACUAUAAUAAAUCUUCGUCACCUGACCUGGCAUUGGAUCUGCAUGCCUCCGAUGUGGAGGCGGAUGCCGAUGGCGAUGAGGGAGGCGAUGCCGACGGGGAUGCGGAUGCAGAUGCAGACGAUGGCAGCGUGAGCAGCAACAACUGCUCCGAGGAGGAGGAUAAUGGAUGGGGUGACGACGAGAUAGACAACGUGGAUGUGAUGGAUGGCGAGGAGGAGAGCAGCAGCAGUGGCGAUGACUUCGACCUGCCCAUCGACGAUGCAGGGCAGGAUCCAGUUGCUUUGGCAGUGCACACACAUCACACCCACUCGCAUUCCCAUUCCCACAACGAUUCAGGAUCCUCGAGGAACUCAUCGAGUGGCGGAGGUGGUCGCAGCGACAAUACCACACAUUCCUACUCCAGUUUGCUGCUGGAGGAGGAGGACGACAUCGUGCCCGUGAGCCUUAACUUUGGCCUCAAGGAAAACCCAGCAGCUGACCUGGAUGUGAGCAAUGGCAACAAAGUGCCCUCCGCGUCGUGCAGCGAUUCGGAAUCCCCAACAGAACCGCUCACCCAGCGAUUGGCGGCCAUUCUCCGCUCCAAGUGCGGCGUAUCCGCUGGUGGGUCAGAAGAUCCCUACUAAAUAUAUACAUAUAUAUAUAUGAACUUAAUCCAACACUGUGCAGGAAUUAUUUUGGUGUGGAUAAUACUGGCGAUCUGCUUACAGAAUGAUAAUGAGAGUUUGAUUUUUUACCUGCUGCACAGUGGCAUCUAUAUAUUCUUGUAUAACUCUAUAAAGACACUCCACCCCUUUGCCCGGCUAGUCUCUCCACUAGUGCGAUCGCUUUACGAACCUAGAAACCGUCCCUAACUGCAUACUCUCGUAUCUCGUAUAUUGUAUCUCCAAUUGCAAAGUUUUCUCCCUAGGACAAACAUAUCGUACAAACUCUAUAAGUACUUAUAUACAUCAAUACCUAUUUAUACUAUAUAUAUUGUAUAUGUUUAGCCUAGAUUUAGCCACAGAGCCCAAUAAAGAUAUACUCGAUACCGUAAGCUGCAUAUGGCGAGGGAUUAGGUGAUUAUACACACACAUGGAAUGCGAAACAGAAUCAGUAUAGAUUUACAUAGAUUUACACGUAUAUAUUUUAGUAAGACACCCAUUCAGAACGCACAGGACUUGGAAUGCUUUACAUAUUUGCAUUUGAUAGAGAUCGAUUUUUUCCCCGGGAUAAAGAAAGAGAGAUACGGAGCUAUAAGGAUAAGUCUGAUAGGUCUAUGGAGCAGACACAGGAGGAACGAACGAACGUGGAACUACAAUUGAAAUGGUCCAAAGUCACAAAACUACGUAGAAGAUUGUAAAUAUAUAUAUUUUGUAUUAAUUAAGCCUGUACUCGAGUCUCUAUAUUCGUUCGAUUUCGUUAAGUUAAUGAGGGAUAUAACUCUAAAAACUUCCCCAAGUAAUAAAUAUUAUAUUUACUUAAAAUUAUAUUAUUCAUAUUAAUAUUUGUAUCUGAUAUGUGUAGCUCUUGGAUAAGUUUUCCUAUCUGUACUGUUGAAUUAUAUAAUCCAAAUGGUCUGUAUGUUUAUGAAGGACAAUUGUAAUAAAAUGUGGCAAGAAAGCUGGAAAACAAUUUGCAUUUUAAUCAAGAAAAACACAGUUUUCAUUUGCUGUCAAACAUUAUUUUAUUAUUUUAAAUCCAUUAUUAUCAAAGAUCUCAUUGUUAAUCGUAAACUUCUUAUUAACAUGACUUGCAAUCAUUUCGUAUAUAUUUUCUGUUAUGGGUUUUUAUAAAACUUUGCUGAUGAUAUUCAAAUGGGGUUUUUAAAAAGAUUUUUAUGCCUUUACUGCUCUCAAACUCGUUUACUGUGACUUAUGAAAUGCAUAAAAAAUAUACCAAAAUUGCUGUGGCUUGUUGUUGCCUUGUAUAAUAUUAUAAAAAUUUCUCUGCAAAUCGGUUUGAAAUGAGCUAUGUAUAAUAUCUUCCACUAUCCCAUGUUGCACUCUGAUAUGUAACAAACUACAUUGAUUAAAUAUUUUAUAUUUUUUAGCUCUUUAAAUACUGUUUGUUUUUUAAUUUGUUUCUUAUUAUCAUCAUUAUCAUUGUUUAUGUCGUAAUGAUUCAGCACCAAUGAAAAUUAUACAAAUUAAAUACAGCAUAACAAAAUUCUUUCUAUUAUUAGGAUUAUUUUGUUUGUUUUUGCGUAAUAAACUAUUUUUGUUGUAAGUUGCUCAAAAAAAUCAGGUAAUGAAGCUUUGUUUGUUUUGUUUCGUGUUGUGUAUUGUUUUUAGUUGAUAUCUUAAGUGACAAUCCAGAAAUAUUUUAGAAGCUUAGCCGUUAAUGAGAACUGAUGCUGCGCAAAAAAUUUUCAAAUAACUCGAAAGAUAAUAUAUGUUGCCAAGACUCUCUUAAAUUACUUAUAGAUCAAGAUACAUCUUUCUUGGUUAAUCAUUUGCACCCGUGCUAACAUGGUAUGACUUACUGGCUGUUCAACAAUAUUUAACAUACUUACUCAUGGUUUUAAGAUCUAACUUUCUUACAAUGUGUGCUGUCCACUUGGGUUGCAUAUUCAAUUAGAUUUAUAGAUUUAAUGCUGACAAUGAGUCGCAGCGUGUGCAUUAUAUAAACCUCCUAAGACUGCAUGUAUUUCAUAUACCUAUGCUUGUGUGUGUGUGGUGUGUGUAUAUAAAGAGUAUAGUUUAUAUUUGGUAAUGUAUAUGCGCUUAAGUUAGAUUCUCGUUAAAAAGAAACUUUCUUUUGAAAACUUCAGGUGUUGCUUGUACUGUCCAGUAGAAUUAGAAUAUAAU